AUGGAAGGGGCGUUAGAACCAAACCCGCGCGAGAACUGUGGCCGUCUGCAGCAGGCCAUUUUCUGUCCUCUGCGAUACACUCAUCCGGCGCUCGGGGGGCUUGUCACUACGUCUGUGUCGAGAUCUCAGACUGCCACCGUGGAGUCUGACCAACCUCUAGAGGCCAUAUUAGAAGAUGCAUAUCCGGGGACAGACGAAGACUUGUUUGAACCUGAGCAAAAAGUCAAGAAGAAGGAAAUGAGGUUCCUCCAACACGUGUGUCGGCAGUCGCGCAAUCUAUGGUUGGAGUUCAAAUUCUCCGAAUUGGCCCAACUAUUCGGCGAGGAGACCUGCCGUGCUGUCCUUCACAUGAAGGGCCAGGAGAAAGUGGCAGUGACGUGCUCAGCGCCGACAAAGAGUGACCACCAGGAAGAGGCAGAGAGGAAUGCUUUCAAUCUCCUUAUUGUAAAGCUCAAGGAAACUGGACUUUGGGAAAGGCUUUGUCCGCCCAACGCUGAACCUCGAAUUGACAUCCGCAUGAAUGAAGACCUUCUUUUUCACAUCAGACAUUCGCAGAAGAAGCUUGACUCGGCAAGAAAGGCCGUUUUCAAAGAUAAGAGAGUCAAGGUGUCAGAUUCAUAUCGUGAGAAGAGGUCCAAAGCCUUGACAGAUUUACUGGAAUCCAUUCGCAAGUCCAACGACAAGCAUACACUUGCCAUUCGAUCGGUCAAGGCUGGCUUGCCAGUGAACAAGCUCAAACAAGACAUCCUGAAACUCGUCAAUGAUCACACGUACAGCAUUAUUGUUGCUGAGACUGGUUCUGGAAAAUCAACCCAGGUUCCUCAAAUCAUCUUAGAUGAUGCAACUGACAAGGGAAAGGGAGGACUUUGCAAUGUUAUCUGCGUUCAACCGAGGCGGGUAGCAGCCCAAAUGCUUGCACGACGAGUUGCCGAGGAAAGACAUGACAAAACAGGCACAAUCGUUGGUCAUAUGGUCCGAUUCGACCAUCAGAUGCCAGCCAAGAGCGGUGCUAUCACCUAUUGCACUACGGGUAUAAUGUUGAACAUGUUGCAAAAUCCCAACGGUCCUAUCAGCUUGUACUCCCACAUCUUGCUCGAUGAGGUCCAUGUUCGCGAUGUUGGGAUUGAUUUCGUGAUGCUACUUCUGAAGCGCCGCAUCAAUCAAUUACGGGAGAUUGGAGCCCCUGUGCCCAAGAUUGUUGUGAUGAGUGCAACGCUGGACGUUGAUCUUUUCUCAUCCUAUUUCCUCAAUGAAGGGCCCAAUGGAACACUUCUUCCUGCUCCACACAUUUCCAUUCCCGGGCGCCAAUAUUUUGUGAAGAGGCAUUACCUUGACGAGUUGCUUGAGGUUUUGAAGACUUCACCUGAUUCAAAACCCUUGUCAGCUUUGUUGGAAGAACGAGAGACCGUGACUUUCAUCGAGGAUCAAUACAAACAUUACCCUUCAUCUGUUGCCCAGGAUUCUCAAGAGGCUGAUCUGGAAGUUCCUGGCGCCAACAUGGGCGCCAACAUGGAGGACCGGAGCAAAGAGGCCUCUCUCGAAUCUUCUCCCGACUCGGUUGUCGUGAGGACUCCCGGUGAAGAUCCGACUAUUCCCAUUGGUUUGAUUUGUGCGACUAUUCUCAACAUCCUGAAAACCACCGAAAGCGGUGCCAUUCUGGUCUUCCUCCCGGGCAUGGCUCACAUUCUCGGUGUAGAGCGCAUGCUUCAUGGUUCCGCAGGUAGCAUGGAACUCGACCUUCAAAACGAAAAACUGUUUCGCAUCCUGAAGUUGCACUCCGAACUCCCAGAGGAACUUGCAAAAGUAAGCCUCAAAGUGCCCGGCGGAUGCCGGAGGAUCCUGCUGUCAACGGACAUUUCUGAGGCCUCUCUGACGCUCCCGGACGUUGAGUACGUGAUUGACGCUGGAAGAGUGAAUCAAUUGUUUUCCAGUCACAAGUCGCUUUCCAACCGGAUGGCCCUGAAUUGGAUCAGUCGGUCUAGCUCCUCUCAACGGGCAGGUCGAGCCGGUCGAGUCAAGAACGGGCAGUAUUUCUUCCUUGGCACUCAGCGUUGUUUUGAUUCUCUCCGAGUCACCAAUACUCCAGAGAUUGUGCGUACCGAUCUUCAAGACAUUUGCCUACGUGGAAAGCACAUGGUCCCACAAUUAUCCAUUUCGGACAUUUUGGAUGAAGCCAGUGAGUCGCCACACAGAGACAAUGUCGACCUAGCCGUGGAGUCUCUGGACCACUUGGGUGCACUACAGCAGAACGAGGAGAUUGCGCCCCUCGGCGAACUCCUCGUCCAGUUACCUCUUCAUCCCGUCCUUGGCAAAUUGGUAAUCCUUGGCGCUAUCUUCCGCUGCCUGGAUCCUUUGCUGAUCUUAGGGGUUAUCGGUGUCGAUGGGGGUCUGUUUCAACGGCCUAAGCUUGAGGAGCAACAGAUUGCGCUCCGAAAUAUUCGUUAUGCCUUUGCCAACAAAUCAUCCAGCGACCAGAUUGGAUCGAUCAAUGCUUUCAAAGCUACGCGGAAAGUAUGGAAGGAGAAUGGCAAAUUAGCAGCAUCUGAUUUCGCCUUUUUGAAUUUCAUUCAUUUCAACAAUUUCUGUGCCAGUCAAGAGGCGGCUGAGAUUGUCCUUGACCGGCUGGGUCGGAUGGGGAUCCAAAUCAAAGCCGACGACAAGGAUGAUCAGUUCGGCGGCGCGGAGCUCAACGUCAACUCGGAAAACACUCUUCUGAUCAAAACCUUGCUACUACAUUGCCUGUCUCCGCGAAUCGCAUUCCCCAAGACCUACAAGAACGGCAAUGCUCACGAAUAUCAGACUCACACGGAGAACAGAAAGCCAAUUGUGUAUGGCGUGAGCCCUAGCUGCGAUGGAAACCGCUCCGGGUCUGUGGCUGUGUACGGCAAAAAGACGCAAGUUUCCCAUGGUCAGAUGCUCAUGUCCGACCUUUCCCUCGUCAGUCCUCUGGCCGCAAGUCUCUUCGGAGGGAAGACCCAAAACCAGUGGGAAGAGCCUAAGGACGACGACCUUCUUGUGGAGGACUUCAUGCCAAUAAAUUUCAUCAUGAAGGAUAUGGAUGAUAUACCAGCAGUUGUGUCCCAGCGUGUCGUUCACUUCCGCCAUGCAUUUUCCGCGGCCUUACGCGCUUACUACACGUUAUUGGUGCAUAAGCGCCACUUGUCUGCGGCCGAUAAAGAAAAGGAUAAACUCAUCACGAAACUGACCGACGAUCUAUACACUGCCUUGAUACACUCUGUCACUGAGGUCUUGAGUCGCGACCUGCACCGCAUUUUCCCGCUUGAGAAACUCUCAGCUCGAUGGGAAACAACCGUUCCAGAUGAAGAUCUUACGAAAUAG